AUGGAGUAUCAUUUUGAAUUUGAGUGUUUACCUGCUUUUGAUCUUUGCGAUAAUAUUCAAACGGCAUGUAGUGAUGAAUUUUCAACAUGUGGAUCAUGUAGUUAUACAAUGCGCGAUGAACCAAUAACAGUUAUACAUCUCGAUUCAAAACCUAUGAGAUAUUGUCCAAAACCCCCUCCACCUUGUGGAAGACCCGGUCCAUCUUGUUGUCCAAGACCUCCUCCACGUUGUACAAGACCCUCGCCACCAUGUCCAAAACCUGUUGUAUGUUGUCAAGACUCUCUUGUAUGUUGUCAAGAACCUCUUGUAUGUUGGUCAAAACCCAUUUCAUGUUGUCCAAGACCCGUUGUAUGUUGCCAGAAGACUGUUACAUGUCGUCCAAGACCUGCUGUAUGCUGUCCACAGCCUGUUGUAUGUUGUCCAGACUCUUGUACACGUUGUACAAAAACCGUUAGGUAUGAAACAGAUUUUAUGAACUGUGGUAUACUACCAUGUGAUUAUUUGAUGUAA